AUGGAGAAUCAUUACGAGAUACUCACCCCUCAGAGCACACCGUUGACCAAUGCACAAAGUUUGGCCCUGGCUGUAGGACAAAAACAGAGAGACGAGCAACAGGCGGCCGACCGUCUCGAUGACAGGCAGAAGUCACGGGCGCAGGAAUUGGCAUCGCACGGGAGUGUAGACAAUAUGAAAGUCAUGUCUCCCAGUCGACUACGCGAGCGACUGCGGGCCGAGCGAG